AUCAGUGGGUUAUUUUGGCAACACGGAUACGCAUGGAGCUCCCAUCAGCCUCCGCUCUUCUUUUCUUUCUUUCUUUUUUUUUUUUUUUACGCACCGAGUCCGAUUAUGCGCGCAGGUACACGGACCCUAAUUGGCUCAUUUUCCACCGCUGCGCCGCGCUGUUAAUCACCUGCUGAGGACUAAUAUGAAAGGAGUGGACGUGGAGGUGUGACCGAGGCUCUCCUCUAACAUAAUAAAAUAAAAUAAAAUAAUAAUUUAAAUAAGAACAAGCAAAGGAAGAAGAAGAAGAAGAAGAGGAGGCGCGUUUCUCGUGGAUCAGAUUCUUGUUUUUCACCCCCUCUCUCUCUCUCAUCGCGUCCUAAAAGCAUGGAUGUCCUGGCGAACCACAGUAUCUUCCAGGAACUUCAGCUCGUCCACGACACCGGCUACUUCUCCGCCAUGCCGUCGCUGGAGGAAAACUGGCAGCAGACAUGUCUGGAACUGGAGCGUUAUCUGCAGACAGAGCCUAAACGUCUCUCGGAGCUUUUUGACCAGGAUCUUGAUGGCCUCCUUACUCCAGCCUACCUAAAGGAGGAUGGCGAGGAAGACCUGACGGAUUCCCUGCUCCCGGGCCUGCCCCACCUUCCGGAGCCACUGAGUCCACCUCCGGUGAUCCUGUGCCACGCGCGGCAGAGUGUACCGCCCUCCGUACCAAUGACGAGGGACCUGAAACCCAAGGGACAGGAGCCUGAAAACGCAGAGGGGCUCGAAGGGGUCCACCAGGCUCAGCUGAGCGCCGUUACCUCCCUGACGCCCCCGUCUUCACCGGAACUGGGCCGACACCUCAACAAACCCAACCAGACGCUCACGGCCACGGCUGAUGGGACGCUGACUUUGAAGCUGGUGGCCAGGAAGGUGGGUCUCAGCGCCGCCCAGCUGGUGGCAGGACAUGCACUUCCUGUCCAGGUGAAGGACGAAGAGGAGGGGGCAGCGUGCAUGGUCGGAGAUCUACCGGAGAACAAGAAGAGGAUCCACCGUUGCCAGUUUAAUGGCUGCAGGAAGGUGUACACCAAGAGCUCCCACUUAAAGGCACACCAGAGGACACAUACGGGUGAGAAGCCGUACAAAUGCUCAUGGGAGGGCUGUGAGUGGCGAUUCGCCAGGAGCGACGAGCUGACGAGGCACUACCGCAAACACACCGGUGCCAAGCCUUUUAAGUGCAACCACUGUGACAGGUGUUUCUCCCGGUCGGAUCACUUGGCGCUGCACAUGAAGAGGCACAUCUGAGGACUCUGAGAGAGGUCAAGCAGGAGCGGUACAGAGGAGAAGUAGGACAAAAAAAGGGAAGAUGGACUGUCAAGCUGAGGAAAAAACAAACGCAGAUGACAGCGAGAGACGGCGUGUUGGACUUGGAAAAAAACAACCAGAUUUAAUCAUUCAGAUUUGGUUUUGUACGGAAGCACACGAGGGACGCUGACAGAAACACACAUCUGCGCUGAAACAUUUGGUCUGUAACACCACAGCGACGCGUCGUCGACAUGUCGAUAAUACACAUGCCCCACCCCCACCCCCACCUCAUGUGGGACGUCGCAUCCCAUAUGAGUGUCGGGCCAUGUGCUUAACCAUUUGCAAGCUCUUUAUUUUUUUUAGCAUCCUUGUGGUUUUUAGCAGCAAUACCCCUUCCAAAGUACCACCCUGUUCAAGCAAAGGGCCAGCGAAUGCACCAAUGCCGAACUUGGCCAGUUGUACAGCCAUUUUUUUUUUAGUUUAUGUGUGUGUGUGUGUACAAACUGCAAAUCAAGAUCCCCACCUCUACGAGACAACCUAAAUUUGAAGAACUGCUCAACAGUAGCCCACCCUGCCUCAGCCUUUGCAAUUCACCAAAGGGUUUUUAUUAUCCAACGCACUGGACAAGCGAUAAUUCGACAGCUUGUCACCUGACCCGCCCCCCAACCCCGUCACAUCCCUGCCAAUUGGAUCCACCCAUAAAUCUUUCUGUUUUGAUGGCGUCGGAGUGUUAGCUUUGAAACGAGCAUUGGAUUGGAUUUCUCAAAGACGUAGAUGAUGGGGAGUGUGUUGCACUGAUGUUCUAUGAAGAUUGAGGUCAUCCAGGGGGCCGGGCUGGCUUACUUUAUGAUCAUCAUCGACUGAGACGAACUAAUCUACUCUGGGAACGCCAGCUGAAACUGAGAGUCUAGAGAGAUGUGAGGCAGCUUUUUUACAGUCUUUUUUUUUCUUUCCUCUCUGGAAUCUCAGCUGCUGCAAGUUGUCUGAAAUGGUUGCACAAUUGACUCUUUCCAAUGUUUUUGUUUUUUUUUUUUGUAAAAAAACCCCGAAAAAACAAAAACAGGUGUCACUGUGUCACAUUUUGUGACUUGUGAAAAUGCUGGCUUUUACAUGGGACUGUGGACAGCCACACGCACAAGUUGAAGCAGCUAAGUGGACUGUGAUAGCACACCGAACACAGACGAGAACAUUAUGUAUUUAAAGGUUUUAUUGUUUCUAUAAGAAGAGUCUCCUAUUUGUUUGAAAAGAAACAAAAAAAAAUACAAUCUAAAUAAAAGACGUCUUUGAAGGACUCACUGGAAAUGGAUGCAGCCAAAAAGAAGAAAAUUUAAAAAAAGACAGAUGCCUGAAAUGAUCUCUUUGGCCUUUUAAGAGUGAUUGGCACCCAACUAGCAGCUGGACUGAGGAAGUCCCAUCCGCAGCACACAUUCCUGCAGAAUUCUUCCAAUUAAGAUAUUCUCGGGGUUGAGUUUAAAAAAAAGGCACUCAACAGCUCUUUGAAUUUGGCCCUAUGUUUAUCCACAUGCAUAUCUGCAGACUUCCUGACCAUCAUGUAUGUCGGAAUGCAGGAGAGACUCGCAGGCAGGGGCACAUUCAAUCAGUUGUCAGAGCAAAGUCAAUGUGAAUGUAUCCGUUGCAAACCUGAACGUGUUUUUUGCUUGACCCAUUAAAACCACUGGAGAAUGGUUGGUUACGGUCAUGCUA